UUCUCGGUCCUAUUGUUCUAUUCACGACAAUACGACGUGGCUGAAAAGCAAGCACGCUGCCGCGGGUGUCACAAUAACAACGAAUAGCGAAGCGCUAAUUCCUAAUCUGGCAAUGUCCAUAAUCCACCCGCCCUUUCCUCCCGCCUUCACAAACAGGCAAUCUCGUCGGCCUCAUCAACUUGAUUUUCUUCUUUUCCCUGCCUUCAUUCAACACUUGGGUACCUCGCUCUCUGGCCCUUCUGACCUGUUCCUAUCGCUGCUCUCUCUGAUCUGAAGGAUAGGCUGGUCCGCAUCUCUUAAUCACCUCCAUCAGCUGGCUGAGCUCGUGUACCGACUACGUCCCGGCUGAUACCAUCACUCGCAAGCGCUUGACGGCUGAUCAACGUAUCAUCUAAAUUGUUUCUCCAUAUACUGCAGAUCUCUCUUUUCUCUGGCAUCAUAUCUGGCUUCACUAUACCGAUUUUGGCUUCACGCCUGUCGCUCCACGACUUGUCGCUGCAAUGGAUGGGCGAGACAAGUCCCCAGAAACACAACAGUAUCCCCUCACACGAUUUGAGAUCAGUCUUAUCGAAAGAUUGCGGGAGCAGGGACAGCAGCAACUUUCCAAACCCCCUGACGAUGGGUUUGCAUCCCAAACUCUGAGACUCUCGGCCUGGAAGGGAGAUCAUGACUUGGGGCUCUAUCACAUUGACACCAGAAAGAUACUGGGGGAGUGUCUUGAUGCUGGCUUGAAGAUCAAACAUCGGCUGUUUAAUAUAUCGGUAGCAGAACAGGCUCAUGUGGAAGAUACUUCCAUAUGCAAAGCCGAGACAGAAGAAUACCAGCCGACAUUUGAGCCCGCGCCCGAGCCGGCCGGCGAAGAAGAACCCAUUUCGUGGGAGGAUAUAAAGCAGGAUAUUAUCCCUUCUUGCGUCCAUCAAGUAACAUUUACCAUUGACGACGUUACUCCUGAAGUUCGACGCCAUCUCGAUCUGACCUUCCCUGGUGUUAUCAUCCAGAAUCAUACUACCCCAGAAUCCAACAAUUCCCCAGAAACAAGAGUGUCUCGCGGCACAAGUACGACACGCAGACUUUCGAGCGAGAUUUCAAGCACACUUUCGACUCCGCCGUCUAGUCAAAGUUCCUUGGACCCCCACAUUGCCGCGAGCCCUACAACCCCUACAACCAUUGCUGAAUCAAUCGGCUUGUCAUUACAGAAUCCCGAAACAAUCGCCGGCAUCUACUCCCACUGGGAACUGAAGCAAUCAGUCCAAAUCUUUCGAAAAGAAACCUCCGACGUCACAAUUGACGACCAGCUCUUCAACUACUACCUCAACAUUGUCGACCUCUACAUCAUUGCUGAACACAUACCCUCCCCGGCCUUGCAAUACAAACUCCUCCUCGCAUUCCAAACAACAAAUCAAGCCCAACGAGAACACAUGCCGCACAUUGAAACUGCAGUCAAAGCGUUCCAAUACCUUCCUGCUACAAAACCGCUCUGUCAAUGGCUCGCCAUCAUCUUUGCUUUCCUCUGGGACACAAGUGAUGAUGGUACUUGGUCUGACCUCCGCAAAGAAUAUCCCAAUAUGCCACUUGAGGGCCUCGCAGCAUUUCUGCAUAGUGUCAACCUUGUACGCUGCUCGUUUACAACUGGUGAUGACGUAGCUGUGCUGGAGCGUUGGUGUACUGUUCACAGUCACGCCAAAGGCUCUAAGGAGAAAAAGGCGUGUGAUCAGUAUCGAAGCAGGUACACCGACUUGCUGGAGAAGGGUAAGGAGGAAGAACGACAAUUUGAGCUCAAAGAAGCGAGGGAGGUUAUUGCCGAGGAACAGAAGCGGAAACGGGAGAUGAAGCGUAAGAGAAGUAGUGGCCCUGCCGACCAUGGAUCGUCGAGAAAGAAGGGCAAAAGCCGCAGUGGAGGCGAGCUUUUGAAUUAGGAUAAGUGGAAGGAUUGAGCGAUGGGAAUCGCAUCCGAGUUCUCCUUUUGAUUGCUUUCAAGGGGCGAUUGUGGAUAUGGUGAUUAUCGAUGGGCGAUUUUGUCCCUGCUUGAGGUUUUUUGCGGGCAUGGAACUAAAAGUGGGUUGGAUGCGUUACGUGCGGUGUUACUGCGUAUACCCAAUAUAUAGCAUUCUCCUUGUUUCUACCUGGGCUUCAUUCCCAUCCAUCUACCAUCACUAUAAUAGCAAAACUGACAGUUUCCCAAAUCACCCCCCCUUCUACAUAUCAUUCUUCCAAUUUCUUAUACACUAAUUAGAAAUACCUAUAACGCAGAUUAUUCCUACGAAAAGAAAAAAAGCAAAGAGUCCCACAAAACCCACGUAACCAUGUUCCACCGCCUCCCCGCCUGUGUACACACCAUGUAUGUACCUAUGUACUUUCGUACAAGCCUGCACAGCUUACAUAACCCCUUGCUCAGCUGCAGCCCCAUCACAUCUCACAUAAGAAACACAAACUCCAACAGCUGAACCCUAGUACUCCAGAACCGUGCACCUAAUUCAAACCCCCAUCAUCAUCAUCGUACUCCCCGCAGCCCAUCACCACACCAUGCAGCACCGCCAAACAAUCUCGAACCGCUUCAUCCACCCCAAGAAACUGCGCGCCCUGCUCAUCCGCUUAUUCGGGGAAAAUGGGAAAUGGGAUGUGGUGGUUGAGGAUGGGGAGUGGGUGUUGAGUAUUCCGAGGGAUCUUAGUGAGGAAGAGAUUGGGGAUGCUAUGGUGCAGCCUGGGGAGGUGGUGGAGUAGUGGGGUUUGGAGGGGUGGAUGGAGUUCAAGAUGGGGGUGGAGUGGUUCUUGGAUAGUUACGUAUGUUGUUGUGGAGUGAAGCGGUGGAAUUUCAGGUUGGAUUAUCCAUUGAGAAAACAUCAGUUUCGUGGUGAUUAUGGGACAUGUGUCCUGAUUGGGGCUUGAAGAC